AUGCUGAAGACGGGCGGUGCGUCGCUGCGGGUGCCGGCCCACGAGCCGGUCACCGAGUCGGUGGCGGACCUGCUGGCUCACGAGCAGCCGCACGACUACAAGAGCAGCUCGCUGAGCGUGGGCGCCAAGGUGCCGCAGAUCGAGCUGCCGGAGGGCGACGGGCGGCCGGCGUGGAACAGCAAGCUGCAGUACAUCCUGGCCCAGGUGGGCUUCUCCGUGGGGCUGGGCAACGUGUGGCGCUUCCCCUACCUCUGCCAGAAGAACGGAGGAGGAGCCUAUCUGGUGCCCUACUUCAUCCUGCUGCUGCUGAUCGGGAUCCCGCUGUUCUUCCUGGAGCUGGCGGUGGGCCAGAAGAUCCGCCGCGGGAGUCUGGGAGUGUGGAACUACGUGUGCCCCCGUCUGGGGGGGAUCGGCAUCUCCAGUCUGAUGGUGUGUGGCUUCGUGGGCCUCUACUACAACGUCAUCAUAGGCUGGAGCAUCUUCUACUUCUUCCAGUCCUUCCAGCAGCCGUUACCCUGGAGCGAGUGUCCAAUCAGAAGGAACGGAACCUUUGCCUUCGUGGAGCCAGAGUGCGAGAAGAGCUCGGCCACCACCUACUUCUGGUACCGCCAGACGCUGAACACCACCAGCACCAUCGGGGAGAGCGGAGGGCUGAACGUCAAGAUGACUGUGUCUCUGCUGGUGGCCUGGAUCAUCGUCUGCCUGGCCGUCAUCAAGGGCAUCGCCUCCUCUGGCAAGGUGAUGUACUUCAGCUCCCUGUUCCCCUACGUGGUGCUCUUCUGCUUCCUGGUCCGCGGGCUGAUGCUGAAGGGAUCGGUGGACGGCAUCGCCCACAUGUUCACUCCUAAGCUGGAGAAGAUGCUGGAGCCACAGGUGUGGCGGGAGGCGGCCACCCAGGUGUUCUUCGCCCUGGGCCUGGGCUUCGGAGGGGUCAUCGCCUUCUCCAGCUACAACAAGAUCGACAACAACUGCCACUUCGACGCCGUGCUCGUGUCCGUCAUCAACUUCAUGACGUCCAUCCUGGCCACCCUGGUGGUGUUUGCCGUGCUGGGCUUCAAGGCCAACAUCAUGAAUGAGAAGUGUGUCACGGAGAACUCUGAGAAGAUCCUGGGCUACCUCAACGCCAACGUGCUCAGUCACGACCUCAUCCCGCUGCACGUCAACUUCUCCCAGAUGACCGUGACGGACUACGCCGAGGUGUACGGCGUCAUCAAGACCGUGAAGGAGGGGGGCUUCGCCGACCUAGGUCUGGAUCAGUGUCUCCUGGAGGACGAGCUCAACAAGUCGGUGCAGGGAACAGGCCUGGCCUUCAUCGCCUUCACCGAGGCCAUGACCCAUUUCCCAGGGUCCCCCUUCUGGUCGGUGAUGUUCUUCUUCAUGCUCAUCAACCUGGGCCUGGGCAGCAUGAUCGGCACCAUGACUGGCAUCACCACGCCCGUACUGGACGCCUACAAGGUCAAGAAGGAGUACCUCACCGUGGGCUGCUGCAUCGUGGCCUUCUUCUGCGGCCUGCUGUUCGUCCAGCGCUCGGGGAACUACUUUGUCACAAUGUUUGACGACUACUCAGCCGGCCUGCCCCUCACGGUGGUGGUCAUCCUGGAGAACGUCUCUGUUGCCUGGAUAUACGGCACCAAGAGGUUCAUGCAGGACCUGGAGGACAUGCUGGGCUUCCGGCCGUACUCCUUCUACUUCUACAUGUGGAAGUACGUGUCUCCCCUGUGUCUCAUCGUCCUCAUCACAGCCACUGUCAUCGAGAUGGCCAUCAGCCCGCCGGGCUACAACGCCUGGAUCCAAGAGCUGGCCCAGGAGCGCUUCGAGAGCUACCCCCCCUGGGCGCUGGGCAUGUGCUACGCCCUGAUCUUCGCGGCGCUGCUGCCCCUGCCCGUGGUCUUCAUCGCCCGCCACUUCAACCUGAUGUCGGACGGCUCCAACAAGCUCUCCGUCUCCUACCGCAAGACCAUGAUGAAGGAGAUGUCCAGCCUGGAGACCCCCGACGAGAGCCACUUCAUCCUCACCAAGCCGGGGGAGGCUCCGCCCCCGCUGCCCCCGCACCGGGCCCUCCUGGCCCCCGGGGGCAAGCCCCUGGACCCCAACUCGCUGUCCCCCAAGAGCUGCUACGGAACGGGCUACCAGAACGCCGCCAUCAGCCCCGGCACGCCCAUCACCCCCGAGUCGGACUCCUGA